GGUGUCUUUGUCUCGGAGCGAUUCACACAAUUUCGUGCCAUACCUUACGGUUCUAUAAAACAGCGUUUCGCCAGAUCUGAAGUGCUCAACGACGUCCCAAGGAAGAAGAAUCUGGCUCAUCCACUUCCGAAAGAACCAUACGAUGCGACAAGACAAGGGCCUCAAAGCAUCCAGCCUUUGAAGUCUGCUCACAUGGAUGCAAAAUCGAACCAGCUGCCAGAUGAUGUCGCAGAACAGGAAGAUGAUGAAAACUGCUUGCGACUUACAAUCACAUCUCCGGAGAACGUGACGCCUUCGUCAAAAUUGCCGGUGGUCGUGUUCUUACAUGGUGGAGCUUUCUUUAUUGGAUCUGGACAGCGGAAAUACUACGACCCACUCACCUUCUGCAAACAAGCUUUAGCCAUGGACAAAGCUCUGAUUUUUGUUUCUGUCAAUUACCGCCUUGGAGCUCUGGGAUUCUUCUACUCUCCCAAGUCCGAGGGCUUGAUCCCUCCGAACAAUGGAUUGCAUGAUCAGAUCACUGCAUUCGAAUGGCUUCGCACGAACAUUGAUGGAUUCGGCGGUGACAAGGAUAAUAUCACUGCUAUUGGUCAAUCAGCUGGUGGAGAGAGCUUGAGUCUGCACAAUCUCAGCGGAAGAAAAGAUCCUCCUUACAAGCGUUCAAUCAUGUUUUCCGGCACACCCUUGACAAUGCCCGACAAGACUCCGUCAGAACAUCAGGACAACUUCAUCGCUCAGGCAAAGAAGCUGGAGAUCAGCACCGAAAGCCUCACUAGCAAGCAAAUCGCUGAAAAGAUGAUCGCUUGUGAUAUCGCCAAAAUACGAGAUCUGAGUUACGUCGGCCAGCCAUGCGUCGACAGUGAGAUCAUUCCGCACAAAGACCAUGCGAAUCAGAAAUCCAUCGCUGCUGGAAAAGUCGAUCAAGUUGACUGGUUGGAAUCUCAAAUCAUCAGCUCUUGCACCUACGACGGCAGCAUAUCAAAUAUCAUGAUGAGAGGAGAUGACAAACGUAAAAACCACGCCAAAAGCUUCAUCAAGAUUGCCAAAGAAGUGCUCAACAACCCCGAAAGAUUGCUGAAGAUCUACGACGUUAACGAGAGCACUGGCGACGAAGAAGCGCUUGAGAAGAUCUGCCAAUUCGAGUCUGAUAUUGGUUUCUUUUCGGCAGCGUUGUCCAUGGUCAAAGGAACAGCCGACAAAUCAACCACGUAUUUCCAACUGUUUGAUCUCGGAAACCCUUUCCGUGGUCCUCUUGAACAGCAGAAGUUUGCAUCACAUACUUGGGACAUUGUGGCUUUGCUAGGAGCAUACGAAGGUAGGCUGCCUGAAGACUAUGUGAAGAAGAUCAGAGAGUGGAGAGAAAGAUACAUCCGGUACAUGGUUGAUGGUGAAGCUCCAUGGGCGAAAUUCGACAAGAGUGCAAAGGAAGCGAUCAUUGUCUUACCCAACGAAGGAAUGGCGAGAGAGACGACACUUAGUUCUGUAUUGGAGGGAAGACUGGGAGAAUUGCUGAACUUGGCUGAAGAAGAAGGGCCGGACGGGGCAGAUAUACUGUGGGAAGGUGUUUGCCGUCGUUGGUUGAUGAAAGGAGAGUGAGUUUGGAACUGGGGUGUGAACUAUCAUUACUGCCUUCAUCACGACAAAUUGAAGCCGAAGAGGGCGUUCGCUCCACUUUGUUCGGUUCUUCAAAUAGAGUAAUACCCUGAGAGGCAAUACCCUAAAAACAUUAUAUGUUAAAAUGGACCAAACAUAUACAGUAAGAACUUAGUAAAAGCCAAAUUUGAUUGAAGAGUCAC